AUGUUGAAGCGAUUUCCAUUCUGGGUGCCAGUCUCUGCCCACACCCCAUCCUUUCUCGAGCGCGGCACACAAUUCACGCAGAGUUCCCCCCAUACACAACUGUUGUUAACAAAACUAAACUACCGCUUAGAAGAGACACGAGUCUUAUGCAUACCAGACACCAGAAAGAAGGAACGCCUUGUAUCUCUUGCCAUGGCAUUUCCCUUCACCAUCACCGCAGAUGCAUGUGAUGUGCCUGUUGGAAUGAAACCAGAAGACACGCCUGUUAUGAGUUGCGGUGCUCUUACAUCUCUUGUGGAUACUACUACUUCUCUACAUGUUGUUGAACGUCUGUUGCCAGAGAAUAUCACACAUGUCUCUGUAGAUAUUCAAGUAAGGUCUCUUCAUCCUAUUCGUGCUGGGGAUAGAGUUGUGUUGAUCAGUCGUAUGGAUAAGAUGGGGGCACGAUUGGCAUUCCUCUCAGCAGAACUCCUGCAUGAUAAUAAUAGUGAGAUUGGGUUGGAUACAGCAACUACAGAGACAACAAGUGGAAAAGAAGGAGAAGAUAUGAAUAAGAAUGGGAAUCAAGUGGGUUCUCUUAAGGUAUUGGAAGAAAUGAUUGUACGCCAUAGAGUCUUGGCGCAGGGAAAUCAUGUGAAGUGUUUGUUAAGAUAG